AAGCAUGGCCGACGAAAGCUUCACAACCCCUCGCAUCGAGCUGCGGCAGUUCGAUCCCUCUCUGAGCUUCAGUGCGGUCGAUGGCGGGCGCCUCGUGGAUGCAUGGCACGCACUUCAACGAUCAUCAGUAGACGCUGCCCUCCUAUCAUCUUCCGAGGCGAACGUCUUCGCUUUUGCAGAAGGGUGCUUUUACUUCGCGAUGGUGUACUAUUCCCAGUCUUACGUGACGGGGCUGGUAAAGCUCAGGGAGCGGGAGGAGAAAAAACAGCAGCAGGCAGUUGGCCCGCUUAGACUGAAAAAGCGAACACAGACCCAGUCGAGCGCAUGGAAGCCUAUAAGCGGUUGGAAUGACACUGGUCACUCGGGUACCGCCACUCAACUCGACUGGCAAGACCAGGAUCAUGAUAUGGAGGCGCUGACAAGUGAUGAAAUCAAGAAAUCUCCUUGGUCAAAGUGGGGUAAUGAGCACGUAGACGAAAGCGAUUUCCCAUCCCUCUUUGGAAUAGAUGCACACAAUCACUCUGUCGAUCCAUUCAGCGUCCCAAAGCCUUUAUUCUCAGGCGCUAACGCUCCCAUGGAUAGCAUUCCUUCAAUUGAUGAUACCUCAGAGUCGGACCCGGAGAUGGAAUCAGAUUUGAUUGGCAUUGCCUACAUCGCACCUGCCACCGGUCUGGUGGCAGAAGCAUCGCGAGAGGUCUCCAUGGGAGUUGCUCUCCUUCCACAUGCGCGAGGGAAAGGCUUUGGAAGCGAGACAACGCGUGAACUUGUGAAGAUCGCCAUUGAUAAACUUUCCUUUCAUCGCGUCACCGCUUUGGUUCUUGGACGCACCCCCACUUCGUCUUAUCAGCCCUCUCAGAGAAAGGCGUGUUCGGAGAACGAGAAGAAAGGCGAGAAGCAACAAGAUAGCCUACAACCUCCUAAACAUGAUACUGAGGCUGAAGUGGAGGCUGUGCUUCGGAUGUUUAUCGCCGCUGGAUUUAACUUUGAAGGAACGCGGCGCCGAUCCCUCCUGGAGGCGAAUGGUAACGAUAACUCCGCGUGGCGCGAUACACACUGUCUUGCUAUCCUUGAUACGGACUGGAUGGAAAUCCAGAUGCGCGCUAUGUUCGCUGCUAUUCAUCCUGGGAACAAAGGAAAGGAGAAGGCUAGAGAGCAGGAUGGAUCUUCAUCAAGUGUCGAUGAGGGAAAGACCAUGCGCGUAGAACGCCGUCGCACACGCUGGGACGAAAUGCUUCCGCGCCAUCAACGUGAACAAGAGGCACUCGCUAGAGUGGAGUCGCGUCUUCAUCGCUCUGCGAGCACGGAGACCCUCCGUCCAGAUACCGGACCAGGCGCAAAGACUGAAGCGAAUAUUAUUGAGAUUGGUGGGGGAUACUUGUCGAGCGACACGAACGAAAGUGAUUACGGAAAUGACGUGGAGCGUGCGUCCGUGUUUAGCUCGACUUCGAUUUCAAAUCCUUUCCGAAACCCAACCAGUGGUGGGACUUCAACUUUCCGGUUCCAGUCGCGUUUCUUCCUAGAUUCGGGCGACGAAUCCGCAGACGAGGAGGGCGGUAAUCUGGAACUGGAGCAAGGCUCUCAGAAUGGGAGCGAGCUGUCCUAUCCUUAUCUAGCUCAUGCGCGGUUUGAACAAGCAGAUAAUGUAUCAGAGACUCUCAGCCGAGAAAAAGUUGCUCAAUUCUUGCGCACGCUUACACAUCCAGGACCACCACCUAGUGAAAUAGAAGUAGUAUCAUCAGCAGGGAGUGACUUCGAGAGUUGUGUGGAUGAGGCGGAGUCUUCGAGCGGUGCUGAGGAGAAGGCAAGUACCGAUGAUCCUCUGGAACUAGGCGGAAAUUCUGGAACAAGGCCGACAUUGACUUCUGCUCCAUUUAUGGUUCCGUCCACUCCUACGAACACGAUGCCGGAAUCUGCAUUGGAAGUUAGCCAAGCUCGGAAGAAACGUCGGUUGUCACUCGAUUCAGAGGCAGUUGGCGACAAGACCAGCGGUCCAGGCGAUGGUCCAGAUGACACGCCAAACCUAUCUACCUCCUUCCCGAGAACUGGCUCAUGGACUAGUGUCACCAGGGACGCUAGCACUGAUACUGACACUGACACCGAAAUGCAUUCGGAUGUCGAAGUAUCGGAUGCAGAGUCUGCUUCGACGUCGACGUGGGACGUCCUCUCCGGUACAAGCAGUGUACAUACACCGUCGCCCUCGCCAAGCUUGCACAGUGCGAGUGACGACGAAGCGUUGAUUUAAUGAUAAGUCCUUGACCUGUCAUGCGUGUAGAGCAAUAGAACUAUUUCUGGAAAAGAGUUUUCUGUAUUUUAAUUGGUUUCGUUUCUCGUCUGCGUUUGUACACUUAUCACGAUCCUCCCUAAAUCCAAACAGUCGCACAAUUUCCUCAUUCAUCACACUUUUACAAAGUAGUAAAUAUCUCAACUAUGUUUUCGUAUUGCUUCACUCGCUCUCCCAGUGUCUCCAUAUGCAUCUCCUUGUUUAGUAAUGGCUAUC